UCCAUUAUAACAGAGAGAUUUGAUAUGAAAACAUUUUCCAAUAAAUAGAACAUGUAAAGUGCGAAUUUUUAAAGUUUGUAAAUACAUUUAAAACGAGUUACCGCAUUCGAGAUGUCCGCGUUAGAAGUGGAACCGGGCGCAGCCCCGGAAAGCGGUUUGGUAACAACGGACACCUUGGAUAACUUCGAUGAAAUGAGCUGCAGCUUGGAGGAAAUUAAAAACGAAAAUGAUGCGACACAAGAAGAGGAGACUAACGAUAAUACGAUUAACGAGCAAUUCGAUGAUAAUGGCGUUAACGACAACGAAUUCGUGAAUGCCGAUGAGGAGUUUGAGCUUAACAAAGAGUGGAUCGGUAAGAGUAAACAUGUAUUCGUUUUGAGUAUGGCUGGGAAGCCAAUAUAUUCACGAUAUGGUAAUGAAGAUAAGCUAGCUUGGUUAUUUGGUGUUAUGCAGACUUUAGUAAGCUUUACACAAUCCUCUGAUGAUUGUAUACAAAGUAUUCAAGCGGGAAACACUCGAUUCGUGUUUCUGGUGAAGAAACCUCUUAUAUUAGUUACUGUAUCAAAGACUAGAGAAAGCGAAAGUCAGUUGAAAAUGCAAUUGCAUUAUGUGUUUAACCAAAUAACGAGCAUUCUAACAUUGACGAGACUAAACAAAAUUUACGAGCAGAGGCAAAAUUACGAUUUGAGAAGGCUUCUAUCAGGUGUAGAAAGGCUGAUCGAUCAUCUGCUAACAUUUUCCGAAAUGGAAUCGAGCAUUAUGCUUGGUGCUGUGCAAUGUUUACCGUUAGCUUCUUCUGUACGAGACACCAUCAGCUCAGCUAUCACUGGAGCUUGUAGUAAAAUAAAGAAUCUAGUAUUUGCAAUCCUGUUGGCGAACAAUAAGUUAAUAACGUUAGUAAGAAUGAAGAAAUACUGCCUGCACCCGGCGGAUUUGCAUCUCAUCUUCAACUUAGUACAAGCCUCGGAGAGUUUCAAAAACUCUGAGAGUUGGACUCCUCUUUGUUUGCCGAAGUUCGACGCGAGCGGGUUCCUCUACGGGCACGUAUCCUACUUGAGCGAAGAUUGUCAAGCUUGUUUACUAUUGCUAACUGUGGAACGCGACGUGUUCUUCACCCUGAGCGAAGCCAAGCAGAAGAUCGUGGAGAAAUUGAGGCGGAGCAAUUGCUUGGAGGCGAUCAACGAAUCGUUGGGCAAUCCGGGCGAGAGCAGCGCCAGCGCGGGUUUCGUCGAAAUCCGGCACUAUCUUUACAAAUGCAAAUCGACCGCUCAAUUCUACCAGCCGAAUUUGAGCCCGCCGUACGCGCAAUCCAAAGAACCUUUGAUCGAAAUCUAUAAGAGGGCCCAUCACAGGUUACACAACGUUUCGAGACCGUUGAAAUUGAUAUUCGAAAGGAGCGCGAACGAGGCCAUCUUGGCGUGGGACACGAAAGGGUUCGAAUUGUUUGUCGUUUUCGAGCCUCUAAUCGAUACCUCCCAAGCUAUCGUAUUGAUCGGGAAGCUCUUGAAUUGGAUUAAAAAGAAGGAAGAGCGGUUGUUUCAUUUGAAUGCGCCGACUUUUUAGAAUAUAUUUAAGCAAUGUGAUAAUUCAAUAUAACAAUGGCAGGAUGAGUAAGAUGAUACGUUUUAUAUCUUAAUGAAUUUAUCAGCAAUCAUUGUAUAAAGCAAUACAGUAAAUUCCUUUAAUUGGUUUAUAUUGGUUUUGUGUAUUUUUCAUCAAUAUAAAAUUAUUCCUUUAUUUUUUUAAAGGAAUUUGCUAUUGGUUCCUAUUAUGCUUGUAAGAAAAAAACAGUUUACUCUAUGUAGGCCUAUAAACUGGAAUAUCGUCUAUUAUAGUUCCCAGUGGACUAAAUUAUACAAAAGUUAAAGAGAAUGUUUAAUUGAAAUUUAUUUGUAUUUAUUCAUUAAAAUAUCUGUAAAUAAUUAGUUGAAAUUAACAUAAACUGUGAUAACCACAUUUUAAAAGUUUAGUUCAUGUUCCAAUAGAAAAAAAAAUCUUAAAUUAAUUAUCUCUUUUUUCUGUCGUCGUCUCUUCGUCUGUCCCUAUCUCUCCUGUCCUUUUCUUUGUCUUUGUCCCUAUCUUUAUCCCUUUUCUCCUUUUCGCGAUCGCGAUCUCUUUCCUUUUUGUGCCGAUCUCUGUCUCUGCUUCUGUUCCGCUCCCUCGAUCGACUCCUAUCUCUCUUCCUCUCCUUUCUUUUAACUUCUUUUGGUUCCUUUGCAACGGACUCUUCCAAGUUGUAUUUGACAGUUUCUUCCUCAUCUUCAAUUUCUAUAUCCUCAUCGAGAUCGUCUUCCAAAGCUGAAACUUUAGCCUCCAAUUCGUUAUUUUCCUCCAAGACCGCUCGCUU